UUAUUUUAGCCUCUCAUGAAACGCGGUCCUCAAGCUGGCUCGCCUUCCCCUCCCACGUCCGUCUCGCCUAUUUAUUUCCACCCCCUGCGAUCUCUUCCUAUCUCUCGAAAUCCUCUCCCUCGCUCCCUCUUUAAUUCCUCGCCCCUCCUCUAUCUCUUCGUUCUUCAUUUUGUUUUGUUGUUUUUUUUUGUUGUUUCGAAACCCUAGAAGCGGAGGUGGUCGUCGUCUCGAAUCGCAGGAUCUGUGCUUCCUUUUCCGACGAAAACUCGUCAGUAGUCCCGCCGGGAGGACCGCCAGUAGCAGUUCCUUCGAUCUCCGGCCAUGAAUCCGGAGUAUGACUAUUUGUUCAAACUUUUGCUUAUUGGAGAUUCAGGUGUUGGCAAAUCAUGUCUCCUACUAAGAUUUGCGGAUGAUUCAUACUUGGAGAGUUACAUCAGCACCAUUGGAGUUGAUUUUAAAAUACGCACUGUUGAGCAGGAUGGGAAGACUAUUAAACUUCAAAUUUGGGAUACUGCUGGCCAAGAACGUUUCAGGACAAUUACCAGUAGCUACUAUCGAGGUGCUCAUGGUAUUAUUGUGGUUUAUGAUGUGACAGACCAGGAGAGCUUUAAUAAUGUAAAGCAAUGGUUAAACGAGAUUGACCGUUAUGCAAGUGAAAAUGUGAACAAACUUCUGGUUGGGAACAAGUGUGAUCUUACUGCAAACAAAGUUGUCUCUUAUGAGACAGCUAAGGCAUUUGCUGAUGAAAUCGGUAUCCCAUUCAUGGAGACUAGUGCAAAAAAUGCCACUAAUGUAGAACAGGCCUUCAUGGCCAUGGCUGCUGAGAUCAAGAACAGGAUGGCCAGCCAACCAGCAAAUAACAAUGCCAGGCCACCAACAGUUCAAAUCCGCGGGCAGCCUGUCAAUCAGAAGACAUCUUGCUGCUCUUCUUAAGUGAAUUGUUUGCGCAUUUGGCAUGUAAAAUUGGCUGUUGUUUUAUCCAGAACUGACGCUUUAUCCUAUGUUUGAAACCGAUGGCAUGAUUCUAUUCAUUCUAGUAGUUUGUUUUUAAGCCUGUACAAAUCAGGGAUCCGGGUAUUAGUUAUGUUUCUAUUGUUGGAACUUCACAAAGUGCAUUUCUUUUUUCACAUUCAUUUAUUAUGAUUA